AAUAUUGGUUGAUUUAUCCUGAUACAGUAGAACUUAAAAUCGUUCUGUAUUAAAGUAUGUAGUUGAUUCUGUGACCCAAGCAUUGAUGCCGACAGAGUGGUAAAAGAUACCUAGCACACAUCAUCUGCUACAUUGUUGCCAGAACAAGGCAAUGUAGACUUCGUCCUUAUUGAGGUCUUUCGGUGAUCAUUACAUACCUAGGUAUCCUUGGUUUAUAAUAGGUAAGACGAGCCUCUAACUGUAGAUAAUAUUAUUAGAGGUAUGGGUAUAAGAAUUGUUAAAUGUUUACAUGUUAAUGAAUGACAAAGAGACGAUGAUGAUGUGAAUUUAAAGAUGAAUUAAUUGGGGCGAUAUUCCCGACUAGUCUAGAUCCAAAUAAAAACGUUUGGUCAUGGCGCCAACCAAUGUGCGAGUCUGAUAGCAGAGCGAGCGCUAUAUUGCUGCUGAUUGUUGACGUUAGCGUGAAAUACCAAAAUCACAAAACCAAAUGAUAAUAGGAUUGACUGUUCAAAAUUACCGCCAAAUGAAUUUUCCCAGUGGUCAGCUUUGUCUGUAGCAACAGUAUCGAUCGGAACACGCCCCAUUGCUGCGGUGCUAUGGCGGCCGCGCGGUCCCAGUAAUACUGCACGAGUAAUGUAACGUGACGGUUCAAACCGUUUUUGUUAUGAGUUGAUUUACAAAACGUAUCUAAACACGGUAAGGGCGCAGUAAGCCGAGGACCAAGUGGCGCACUCUCGUGAGAGAUGUAUGAACAGAUAAAUCUGAGAACUACGAUACAAUAUGGUUGUUUCAAUACAGCAUCAUACAUCGAUGCCUCGCUAGAAAUUAAACACGAAGUUUGUUCCGUGGCGCGGCAAUGUACAGCAAAUACGAGUCGAGUCCGAUAGUUUCGCGUUUUGUUGCGGUCGGUAGUGCGGGGAGCAGGGUCGCAGAGCUAGUGCGGCCUCGCGGCCCUCUCUUCGCCGCAACGCAAAUCGUUGAAAUCAAAACUUUCACGCUACGAGAGCGCUACGAAGUUUUACUGCUACGAACUUCCUGCUACGCCGAUCGUAGCGCGCCGCACUCAAAACUUUGUUCCGAAAGCUUUUUUAUUUGUCACUUUCUGUUAUCAGCAGCUUCAAAACUUGAGUUCUUUAUGUACGGGAGUUAGGAUUCACAAUUCUAUACUCGCGACCAUACAGGCAAGUGUGUCAACUCAGUCUCGUACAAGUUAACUUCAUAUCUCUUGGUAUUUAUUUCAUGUUUCUGUUUGGAAACUAUUGUCUUAAAACCACGAAUGACGAAAAAAAUAGCAAUUGCAAUAAUACAAAGUAUAUACUUGAUUAAAAAUCCAAAUAAAGAGCAAUCAUGAUGAUAGGUGAUUGGAGCUAAUUGCGAUUAUGAAGGUAAGUUGAAGCUUAAAAUAGUAUCGGCGAGUUGAUAAAGAUGUGAAAAACAUGGGUAUUUCCACGGAGCAGCGGGUAGAUAGGAGGCAUUGUGCCUGGCGAGCGGCAAACUCGGUUCGGUUUUGUUGUUCGUGGAAGCGAGUCGCAGGUGGGCGCUGCGCUGCCGAACGCCGCCGAGCCGUGCCGAGCGGGGCCGAGCGUCGCGCUCCGAGGCCAAACGACGUAUCCGCCAGCGGUCGGCCGCCGCUCGCCUCAGUCUGCGCUCGGCCUCCACUCUGACUGCUUGUGACAGUGACGCCGUGCUGUGACACAUUUGACAGUUGUUAUCGUGUUCGUGUGAUGUUUUCGUAUCGGAACUAUGGUGUAUCCCCAUGAAAAUGUGGAGUGAUUUCCAGGGCUCGGGCGGCGGGUGCGGCGCCAAGCGGCGCGCCGGCUCCCCGUGCGAGGGCGGCGGCAAGGUCGCACGCUGGGAAGAUUCGAUAGCGCGGCUAGAGGCCGUGGCCGCCGGCGCUGGCGGCGGAGACUGCUGGCGGACGGAGGAGGAGGAGAGGCGCGCGUGCCGCCGGCGCUGGUGCGGCGGCUGGUGCGGCGCGCACGACACCAUCCGCGCCGAGAACGGCAAGUCCUACCUGGAGCUCGGCGGCGCCGCGGCGCGCGCCUGCUGCGACGGCCGCGCAGCCGGCCGCUGCGCCUCCAGGCGCUGCUACCGCGAGAGGCGGUUCAAGAUGAUGAAUCUGUGCGCGCUGAAGCUCGCGCGCCUGCGCCAGACCGCCGAUCCUUCUCUGCGGCGGUCGGUGCUGGUAUGCAACACGCUGCGCGGCAUCGAGCGCGAAAUGGAGCGCGAGAAUGCCGAGGAGGCGCCAUUCGAGCCCGGUGCAUGCGUCGGCGCCGCCGGCGGGGUGGCGCGGUGCGAGCUGCUGGGCGCGCGCGAUCCCGCGGCGGGCCGCGCGACGCCUUUUCCCGCGCCACCGCCACCGGACCGGGACUCGGGCUACGGCGACGAGGAGCAACGUACCAUCGACUGGGGCUCGGUGCUGAGUCUGUCGUCGCGGUCGGCGCUCGACCCGGCCGAGGACGCGUGGCCCGACGACUGGGGCUGGAGCGAGGACAGUUUCGUGCGGCUGCUGGUGCCGACGAGUUAGUGCACGGCGCGCGGGCAGGAGUCGCCCGCGCCGCAUUGAGCGCCUGUGAUACGGCCCGCGGUCGCGCGAGGUGAGGGCGGCGCCGCGCGGCCGCGCGGCUCAUCUAGUCGGAGGCGCCGCGCCGCCCGGCGCCCGGCUCUCCCUGAAGCGACGCCGAGGCGACGCGACGCGUACACGCAGUCAGUAGUUAGUAUUAUGUAAUUGCUAAAGGGAAGGUGCUAGCUUCGGACGUGACGCAGGACUUAUACGCGAGCCGAGUUAUUUUUGAUAGUUUUAUUUUCUUUAAGUGAAUUCCAAACCGAAACUGAAGUGACUUAGCUAAUGACGUUAUUAUCGUUUAAAUUAAAACUCGGGUGUUUGAAAUUUUGUUGAAAUUAUUAUGUAAUUAAUUAGGUAAAAUGCUAUAUUUAUUAUUUCGUUGAAACAGAAAAGUGAUAGUUUGAAAUUAUUUCUGUCUUGAUAUUUUCCUUUUGAUGUCUCCGAACAACGAUGUUAAUUUGAUUUUGAUCGGAUUAUGUUUUGUGACUGAAAUCUUCCUGUAUAUGUGCUCGUAUUUUCUCAACAAAACUGCCUUUAGUUUCGUUCGUCGCGAUUUAAAUGAAAAUGAGCACAUAUACAGCAAAUGGAUUUCGCAAACCACGUGAAAACAAUUAAACUAUGUGUGGACAUGUGCCGAUCAAUCGAAUAAGCGCGCGGGUAUUGUGAGCGGCCGGCGCCAGUCGCGUCGAUAGCUGCAGUUUGAAAUGGCUCUGUUAGCGAACAAAUUGUAACUAGUACCUAAGUACCGAGUACUUAACGUAAGUGAUGAACUUUCAUUAGUGAAGCCAGGCGACACGGCGCGGAAGCGCGGGUGGCGCGUACCCCCGUGCGACUUGCCUCUGGCCGUCAAUUAAACAAGCCUUGCCAGCUGACACGAUGAAAUUUCACCAGUGUCGACCCUCGACACCCAACAGAUAUGCAUUUGAACAAUUGGAAUUUGUAAAAAAUACGACUGACUCGUGGCAGGUACUUAAACUAUUCUUACAUUGGAAUUGAGUGAUCUGUCCAUAACCACCGGGCGGCUUCUGACAACGCGAUCUAAUUCUUAAAAAUAGAUUAAGAUUUCUUUCUAACUAGACAUAAAUACAUAAAAAUUGCGGUAUAUUUUCUCGCUAUAUUUUAUUUUUUACGUGAAUACUAACAGUGAAGUUCCUAAUACGUAAUAAAAUAACAUUAGAGGAGGUGUAAUUUAUUUUCGCAUUCAAUUCUAGUUUUGUACCGAAGCGUUAGUCAGAAGUUAUCCGGUGGUGACCAUUAGAAUGUUUCAUAACUCAAAACACGGACAAUGGUAAUCAUUGAGACUUGACACAGCUGAUCCACUGAACAUUGUACCGAUGACAACCCGUCGUUCCUAAAUGGAGAGAGGCAACGACUACGGCGCUGUUGGAACAGAUAUGAUGAAAUAAAUUUUAUUUUCGAUAAUAUUCUCUCAUUAGUAACAUCGGGUUGUGAGACACGCGCAGCACCUAGGAAUGCUUUGAUAUCCGCCGCCUCUAGCACCCGCGCCCGGGGCCGACGCGCUAAUAUGGAUCUAUAAUAAUGUUGUGUUUACAAAUUGACUGAAUUAAUUAGUUGUACAUUGUUUUGGUAUAAUGCAUAUUAGCGACCCGGCGGCGGCGGAGGUCCGCGCGAUACAUGGAAUUGGGACUGCAUGGACCAAACAUACCUAGCACGACAUUUUAAUAGAGCAAAGUACAAAUUUCAAUAAUAAGAUGCAUUAGUGCUCCGGCGCAUGUUUGUCCACCGUUGUCAAUUACUCAAAUAUUUGAAUUGUGAUUCGGUAGCUAAUGAGAGAAAACUCUAUGUUCUUAAAUGUAGUGUACAUAUUAUAUACGGAGAUGGGCAUUAUGGCGCGGUGAGUCGCAGCCGUUGUAAAUAUAUGAUGUAAUGUAUUAAUUUUAUCGAUAUCGAUGUGAAAUGUCGCGUAGCAGCUCCGAGGCGGGCGGCGGCUCCGGGUCGGCCCCGGGCGGCCCCGGGCGGCCCCGGACGGCUCCGGACGGCCGCCCGCUCGUCACCGUGUUGUAUGAUACGACUCUAUUCUGUCCAAACACUCGUGCGGCGCCCGCACUGCGCUCGGCCGGCGCUCUACGUCGACUCAGUGCGGACCGGCACUCGUUUAUAUCUUACAUACUAAUGCAUUUUAAUAUAUAAGAUGUCACAAAAUUUUAUUGCCAGUACAGACCAAUAUACAUGAACAAUGUUUAGUUAUAAUUUUGGGUUCUAAACUCAUAAGUGAUGCACUGAGUAAACUGAAUGAUCAGCUCAAUCUAUUUUAUUUUAUGAUUUAUUUCUCGUAGCAUAUUUUUGUUCAAGAAGUCCGUAUGGUUGGUUGUGAUGGUUUACUUAAGUUAGUAAGUAAAGACUCUUCGGCGAACAGUUCUGUCUGAUGUAUACCUAAUUACAUUUCAAUAUAAUAUAUUUAUACUAACAUUUUUACGUCAUACCUUAUGGCUUGUGUUGCUGUGGCGCGAUGCACUUGGACGUGUGUGAAUUUAUUUAAUGGUACUUACAGUAAUUAGUGAAAUUUCUUCUAUUUUCUAAAAUUUCUUAUGAUAUAUGAAAGUCGAGUAUGGCGCAAGAGCAACACAAGACGUUCUGAAUGCUUGCAAUAUAAUGUACAAAAUCUGUCUCAUCCUGUCAUUUAUGAAAAAUCUGUCGUUCAACAUUCGUAUUGUCAGAUGGAAUGUUUUAUAGAGCUCAACACGUGUAUUUGUUUGUUGUAUCUAAUUUACCCCCAUUGUAAAAAAAUGUAUAGAGAUAAGUGAAGGGCACUAUGUUAAAUUUGUAUUUAAUACUCGUCAAUAUUCUUUGUUGUCAUUACGGGGCGUCGUGGCGGGUAUGCGCGCUGCGUGGAGCCCCUGACGGGGUGACCUCUAGCAAUAAUUGUUGUAACUGACAGUACCAGUAGAGCAGUAUCCUCGUCGCAUCCGUCUAAGUCGUUGCGGACGUUUCCAAGAAAUUUUCGCAACUGUUUCAUACGUAACUUUAUUACAUCUCGUAAGCGUGUUUCUCUUAGUGUUUUUCAUUGCCAUUGGUUACCAAAAAUGACAGGAUUUUUAUUGAAAUGAUUGUGAAUAUAUUAUAUAAAAAUACUCCCGUUAGGUAAUUGUGGAAUCAAUUUUGAACGUACUCGUUUUGCACAUCGAAUUGUUGAUACGUUCCUCAUGUUAGGAGUCGUUCGAAAUUGUUUCUUUAAUUAUCUAAUGUAACAUAAAAUUGUAAUAUAUUAUUGUUUAAGCUGUUGUGUCGAAAAUAACAAGAACAGGAAUAAUUUUGUGAAACAAUGGCACAAAGAAUGAAUAUAAAUAUUAUAUAUAUUAUAGAAACAGAAAUGUGGCUAUAAGAGCAAUUUUUAUAAUAAAUAUUUACUGUUGAAGAAU